GUCCAGUGCCCCGCACCAGGCUGCUGCCGAGUUAGGGGCCAGAGCUCGGCGGGUUUUGGGAGGAUCGUUAUGCACUACAAGUACAAGGAAACAAUUAGAAUCUGCGACAUUACACGCCAUCGAUGAGGAUCUCCCCUUUGUUGUUGAAUGUGAUGCAGUAUCAGCAACAUUAAAUCAAGGAGGACGACCAGUGGCUUUCAUGUCUCGUACUCUCCAAGGUAAUGAAUUGCACUACCCACCCGUCGAAAAGGAAGCUGCAGCAAUUAUUGAAGCAGUGAGAAAAUGGAGUCAUUUCCUUGCUCGCCAACACUUUUCACUUUGAUAACAGAUCAGCGUUCAGUAACUUUUAUGCUGGAUAAUCGGAAAUGAACGAAGAUUAAAAAUAGUAAAAUUCAUGAAUGGAGGAUUGAUUUAUCUGCAUAUAGUUAUUCAAUUGAGUACCGCCCUGGUAAGGAUAAUGUUGCUCCGGGUACAUUAACUCGAGCAUUUUGUGCCUCUGUUCAUUCUUCUGCACUCACUGAUCUUCACAAUGGGCUGUGUCAUCCUGGAGUCACUCGUUUGUUACACUAUGUUCGCUCCAAAAACGUACCUUUCGCUACAGAAGAUGUGAAGAUGACGUGUGCUUCAUGUAGAAUCUGUGCUGAAUUAAAACCAAGGUUCUUCCAUCCUGAAGAAGGAAGAUUGAUCAAAGGUACUCAACCUAUGGAACGUUUGAGUAUUGACUUCAAAGGGCCUUUACCAUCCUCCUCUCAAAAUGUUUAUAUACUUACUAUAGUUGAUGAAUAUUUGAGGUUUCCAUUUGCCUUUCCUUGUCCAAAUAUGUCAGCUGCUAAGGUUAUCAAAUGUUUAGAUCAACUGUUUUCAUUCUGUGGAUUUCCAAGUUACAUACAUUCUGAUAGGGGCACCUCAUUCAUGUCAAAAGAUUUAAAAGACUACCUUUGUAAUAGAAGAAUUGCAAUAAGUAAAACAACACCAUAUCAUCCUAUUGGAAAUGGUCAGGUUGAGAGGUAUAACGGAAUCAUUUGGAAAGCAGUGAAACUGGCUUUAAAGUUAAAUGACAUACCAGAUCAGCAGUGGGAAUGUGUUCUACCCGAUGCAUUACACUCCAUCAGAUCUCUACUGUCAACUGCUACCAAUACUCCUCCACACAAGCGGUUCUUUAACUUCAAACGGUGUUCUUCUAGUGGUACUUCUCUGCCAUCAUGGUUGACUAGCCCUGGGCCUGUGUUGCUUCAUCGGUAUGUCCGAUCAAAUAAGAAUGAGCCUUUUGUUGAUGAAGUUGAACUGACUGAUGUCAACCCUUCUUAUGCAACUAUCAAGUAUCAAGACGUCAGUCAACGGUCUCACUUUGUGACCUUGCACCAUGUCCGUCUUCUCCAUCAGCUCCGUCACUUCUUGAUAACAUUAAUCGAGAACUUCCUCCAUAUGGAAACUUCUAUAAGAAAUUCGAAAAUUGUAAAUGUAAAUAACAAUAUGAGUGAAGUUGAUGACCAAGCAAUGCAUGUACCACCAGCUAUUGAAACACCAUUAUCUCCUGAAGCUCCAGUGCUGCGACGGUCAUCAAGACGUACUAAACCUCCUUACCGUCUCAACUUAUAAAUAGGAGGGGAGAAUGAAGUGGGCGCAUGUGCGGGGCUUUUCCAGAGUGUGCACAUGUGCGGGGUAUUUCGGGCAGGAAAUACCUCGCACGGUAUCUGCCUCCAGGGAUAUGGAUCACAUACAGGUAGAUAUCACUUUAUCUUGGCAUCAUGUUUUACAUGAACAUUGUGGACCAAAUGGCCUGUUCUUGUGCUGUACUGUUCUGUGUUCUAUGUAACAUUGCCUGUCCAUUCCCUUCACAGAUGUUUCCUGACCCGCUGAGCUCCUCCAGCACUUUGUGUUGUUCUUAAGUCUGUACACAUUAGUUGAGGAACGUGUUGGAGCUUGCACCAUAGUAAAGGCUCUGCUUUGUAACCAUCUGUUUUGUGAUAUUCAGGAGCCUUCGUGUUCUUAAUUAAACUUCAGUCACUUUUGCAAAACCCUAAAAUCUCGGUUUUAGAGUAAUAAUUAUAUGUUGCUCGGUACAACAAGAGGAAUAAUACAAAAACUCAGAUUGACAGAAGUGUAGCAAAAACAAAGCAUCUGCUCCUGGAGAUAUAUUUUUGAAGGACUGGUCAUGUGACAUUUCAGCGUGGAAUUCCACAGCUCCUGACAUGAACACCGUCAUUCCACCAGCCUACUCCAUUACGUUGUAUAGUUAGACAUCUGUCUGAAGAAGGGUCUCAACCAGAAACAUCACCCAUUCCUUCUCUCCAGAGAUGAUGCCUAUCCCGCUGAGUUACUCCAGCACUUUGUGCCAAAUUUCCAAAUCCAUCAGCUCCUCAGCAUUUUUUGGCUCUCUCCACUAAGAAAAUAUUCCAAUCUGGUUUUUUUUAAUUGACCCAGUGUGGAUAUCGUCACACUUCCAUACCUCUGCUCUGAGAACAUAGAACAGUGCAGCAUUCUGGUAAAUCUCUUCUGCCCCCUCUCAUAAACCACCAAAUUCAUCCUUCAAUGCGGCGACCAGAACUGCACGCAAUACUCCAAACGCAGCUUGACCAAAGUCCUAUAAAACUGCAACAUGACUUCCUGACUUGGGAGAGUUUAGUCACUUACUUUAUUUGUCUGUGCCUCUUUAUAUCCUUCUAGUCCCACCUUAGAGUCAUAGAGUGAUUCAGUGUGGUAAUAGGCCCUUCGGCCAAACUCGCCCACACCGGCCAACAAUGUCCCAACUACACUAGUCCCACUUGCUUGCGCUUGUUUCACAUCCUUCCAAACCUGUCCUAUCUAUGUACCUGACUAACUGUUUCUGAAACAAUGGAAUAGUCCCAGCCUCAACUACCUCCCCUUGCAGCUUGUUCCAUACACCCACCACCUUUUGUGUGAAAAAGUUACACCUCGGAUUCCUAUUAAAUCUUUUCCCCUUCACCUUGAACCUAUGUCCUCUGGUCCUUGAUUCCCCUACUCUGGGCAAAAGACUCUGUGCAUCUAUCCGAUCUGUUCCUCUCAUGAUUUUGUAUACCUCUAGAAGAUCUCCCCUCAUCCUCCUGUGCUCUAUGGAAUACAGACCCAGCCUACUCCACCUCUCCCUAUAGCUCACACCCUUUAGUCCUGGCCACAUCCUCAUAAAUCUUUUCUGAACCCUUUCAAGCUUGAUAAUAUCUUUCCUAUAACAUGGUGCCCAGAACUGAACACAAUAUUCUAAAUGUGGUCUCACCAACGUCUUAUACAACUGCAACAUGACAUCCCAAUUUCUAUACUCAAUACUCUGACUGAUGAAGGCCAAAUUGGCAAAAGCCUUUUUGACCACCUUAUCUACCUGCGACUCGACCAUCAAGGAACCAUGUACCUGGACUCCUAGAUUCCUCUGCUCUACAACACUACCCAGAGGCCUACCAUUUACUGUGUAGGUCCUGCCCUUGUUCGACGGCCUCAAAAUGCAACACCUCAUACUUUUCUGUAUUAAAUUCCAUCAACAUUCCAUACAUUCCUCCACCCACCUGGCCAAUCGAUCCAGAUCCUGCUGCAAUCUUUCACAACCAUCUUCACUAUCUGCAAAACCACUAACUUUUAUAUCAUCAGCAAACUUGCUUAUCUUGCCCUGUAUGUUCUCAUCCAAAUCAUUAAUGUAGAUGUCAAACAGUAAUGGGCCCAGCACUGAACCCUGAGGCACAUCACUAGUCACAGACCUCCAGUCCGAGAAGCAACCUUCCACCAUCACCAACUGCUUCCUUCCAUGAGCCACUUUGCUAUCGAUUCAGCUAUCUCUCCUUGGAUCCCAUGUGAUCUAACCUUCCAGAGAAGCCUACCAUGCGGAAACUUGCCGAAUGCCCUACUGAAGUCCAUGUACACAACAUCUACAGCUCAGCCCUCAUCAAUCUUUUUGGUCACAUCUUCAAAAAGAUCAAUCAGGUUUGUGAGAUGACCUCCCACGUACAAAACCAUGUUGACUAUCCCUAAUCACCCCUUGCCCAUCCAAACGCCUGUAUAACCUAUCCCUCAGAAUACUCUCAAGUAACUUACCAAGUACAGAUGUUAAACUCACCGGCCUAUAGUUCCCAGCAUUUUCCCUGCAGCCCUUCUUGAAAAGGGGCACAACAUUUGCCACCCUCCAGUCUUCCGGCACCUGUACUGUAUUUAAGGAUAUAUCUGAUCAGGCCCUAGAGAUUUGUCUGCCUUCAAACACGACAGUACCUUCAGUACUUCGACAGUAACCCUGACUGCUCUCAAGAUACUUCCAGUGCGUCCUCCAAUUUCCUCCGUCCUACUGUCUUUCUCCUCGAUAAAUAAAGUUUUUCCUCAUCUCCGUUCUAAAUGGCCUACCCCUAAUUCUUAAACUGUGGCCCCUGGUUCUGGAUUCCCUCAAUAUUGGGAACAUGUUUCCUGCCUCUAGCAAGUCCAAUCCCUUAAUAAUCUUAAAUGUUUCAAUAAGAACCCCUCUCAUCCUUCUAAAUUCCAGAGUAUACAAGCCCAGCCUCUCCAUUCUAUCAACAUAUGACAGUCCCGCCAUCCCGGGAAUUAACCUUGUGAACCUGCGCUGCACUCCCUCAAUAGCAAGAAUGUCCUUCCUCAAAUUUGGAGAACAAAACUGCACACAAUACUUCAGGUGUGGUCUCACUAGGGCCCUGUACAACUGCAGAAGGACCUCUUUGCUCGUAUACUCAACUCCUCUUGUUAUGGAGACCAACAUGCCAUUAACUUUCUUCACUCCCUGCUGUACCUGCAUACUUACUUUCAGUGACUGAUGAACAAGGACCCCCAGAUCCCGUUGUACUUCCCCUUUUCCCAACUUGACACCAUUCAGAUAACAAUCUGCCUUCCUGUUUUUGCCACCAAAGUGGAUAACCUCACAGUUAUCCACAUUAAACUGCAUCUGUCCACUCACCCAACCUGUCCAAGUCACCCUGCAUCCUCAUAGCA